UUUCAGAUUCAACCCACAUAGAACUGUCCUUCACGUUUCCGGGAGCCCAGGGACGUGUGGCCCGCAAAGGGGCAGAAAGUGAUUGCCCCUGGAUGGGCUCUCUCUAAGAAAAGCUGGGGUCUCCAAGGGAGUGUCCCACCAGAGAAGAGAAGGAAUGAGCGAGUCGUGAAUUUCAGACUGUUGCUGCUGCAUCUGGACCUCUAGCGAGAUGCCUGGCAAGAGCUAGGCUCCCUGGGCCACACGGAUCCCGUCAGCACGCUUGGGGAGAGCAAGAUGGCUGUCAGCAGCACUGCCCUGUUGUUGGCCAAGGUUACCUACAUCACCAUGGAGAUUGUUAUCGGGCUCUGUGCCAUAGUGGGCAACCUGCUGGUCAUCUGGGUGGUCAAGCUGAACCCCAGCCUGCAGACCACCACAUUCUAUUUCAUUGUCUCCCUGGCCCUGGCUGACAUCGCCGUUGGGGUGCUCGUCAUGCCUUUGGCCAUUGUCAUCAGCCUGGGCAUCACCAUCGACUUUUAUAACUGCCUUUUCAUGACCUGCCUGCUGCUGAUCUUCACUCAUGCUUCCAUCAUGUCCCUGCUGGCCAUUGCUGUGGACCGAUACCUGCGAGUCAAACUCACAGUCAGAUCCAGGAUUCCUGGGACCCCUGGGCAUGGUUUAUCAUUCCAGUUGAAGGUUGUUCACUUCCUUCCAGUCAUGGGGUUCUUCAUUCUGCUCUUCUUGACUGUCUCUUCAGAUGCCAUGGUCAUGGACGAAAAGGUCAAGGAAAGCUUUGUGCUGGACACGGCUUCCGCUAACUGCAGCUACAAUUCCCACUAUAAGGACCACCCCAAAUACUGGUGCCGAGGCUACUUCCGGGACUACUGCACCAUCACCGCCUUCACACCCAACAGUACUGACCGCGUGGCCCUGAGGGACAUAGGAAGCCAGCUCAUCCUCACUGUGUCCUGCCUGACCAAGGAGGAUGCGGGCUGGUGCUGGUGCGACUUUGCCAGGGAUGACAUGGAUUCUACAAAGCUGGUUGUGACUGACGACGGAGGAGGCCUCGCCAGUGAUUUUUGGUCUGGGAAAGACCUAUCAGGCAACAAGACCAGAAACUGCCGGGCUUCCAGAGUGGUCCACAAGGCCAAUCACUCCAGGAUGUCCAUUCUCAUCAUCUGCAUACUGAUCACAGGCUUGGGGAUCAUCACUAUAAUCAGUCAUUUGUCCAAAAGAAGGAGAAGUCAAAGGAAUAGAAGGGUAGACAAGUCACUGAAGCCCUCCUCACGUGUCCUGACUCCACAGAAAAUGGCUCAUCCUGAACAGAUGUGACUGAUGAUUUAUUUCGUUUAUAAAUUAAGUGAUGCUGCAAUAGAGUCGUCAUGAUU